AUGCCGGUCCCCUUCCUCGGCUUGGUGAGGCGUUAUCGCUUCUUCCUCAUCAUCGCCGCCAUCCCCUUACUCGUCUACCUCUUCACCGGCUCCGUCUACCACUCCCCCCUCGACGACUACCAACGCGCAGCAGCCGCUCAACAACAACGACCCCACCAUGGAUCGCACGUCCCUGGUCUUGGCACUUGGGACCCGGCAAUGGACGAGGACCUGAUCGAGGACGAGUUCAUCAAGGCAUACGGCAAGGGCUCAAGCAGCGGGGGCAGCAAGUGGCUCCCGCCCAUCUUUGGCCCGUCGCGGGGUAAGUCUGGCCGCCUCGUGCUCAUCACCGGCGGCGCGGGCAGCCUCGGCCAGGUCGUCGCCGAGGAGCUCAUCAAUUCUGGGUACAAGGUGCACGCGAUCGACAUUGCGCCGCGACCGGCGACGCUCCACCACGACGUCGAAUACUACCGGGGCAACAUCCUGCCGUCGAGCAGCGUCCUGCCGGACUUGCUCGCCAAGCACGAGUACUCUGGUAUUCUGCACUUUGCCGCCGUGUCGCUCGAGCAGUGGUGCGCGCCCAAGUAUGACGCGUGUGCCGAGGUCAAUGUAGACGGCACUCGCGCGGUCAUGACGCAGGUCGAGAAGCUUGUCGCCGACGCGAACAAGGCGGGCAAGAACGUGCUCGGCAUGCGCAAGGGGAAGAGCGCACCCUGGGUGCUCCUCGGUUCAAGCAUGGACGUGUUCGGCAAGGAGUCCGGCCCGCCCAUCACCGAGACAACAUUCAUCCAGCCCGUCACUGCACUCGGUCGCACGAAGAAGGCGGCCGAGGAUGCUGUGCAGAACUCGUUUGACCGCGCGGCCAAGGGCGCGACUGAGGCUGCAGUGAAAGAGGCGCACUACGAGUAUACUGAGAACGCCGUCAAGAAGGACGCUUCCCAGUUCCACGGCGCUAUCGUCCGCUUCUCCGAGGUGUACGGGUACUCGCGCAACGUAUCUAUCCCCUCUGCGUGGAUCCCGCGCCUGCUGUCGCAGGCGUUUGCGUCCCUGCCGAUCCAGUACGACAGCGACCAGCCGCCCCUGGACCUGCUGCACGUCGACGACGCGGUCGCGGGCGUGAUCAAGGUCGUCGACCACCUCGACCAGGCCGCGCGCUCCCGCCAGCUUCCCUCGCUCGAAACGUACAACCUGGUAGCCGGCGGCAAGCGCUGGCUGCAGGAGGAGAUUGUCCGUCUCGUGCGUGUCGAGACGGGCACCAAGUCGCCGAUCCGCGACGUCGGGCGUGCGAACAAGCGCUGGAACGGCGUGCCCGAGUAUUCGAACGCGCAUGCGAAGGAGGAGCUGAAGUGGGAGCCUAGCGUUGCGCCGCCGCAGGGACUGGCGACCGUGUUCCGCCGCGCGGCGGCUGCAUCGCGCGAUUACACCUUUGAGUUCAUCUCCAAGCACUGCGCGCACAGCACGCUCCCCGGUCUCGACGCCAUGACGCACGUCACGGAAGAGGAUCGACGCAACCACGACCUCUGGAAACUGCAGAACUGCACGGCCAACGUCGGCUUCAACAACAAGGGCCUCAUUCACCACCUCAAGUGCGAGGACGGAAAGCACUGCAUCGCCAACGCAACAAAGGUCGACGGGUACAACUGGAACGCGACGGUGUGGAUUCUCGAGGUGCCCCCCACGGCGCCGAAGAAGGGCAAUGGGCGCACGACAGCAAUGUUCCGCGAGGAGCAGGGGAUGGGAUACCUCGGCAUCCCUCGCGACAAUGUGCACAGCGACAAACCCGUCGAGUUUGAGCUGUACAACCCGAAGAAGCCCGAGGAGGCGGCGCGGUUCAUGGGCGAGUUUGAGCUCGAAGUGGCCCCCGACAGCUCGGAGAUCAAGGUCUUCCUGGCAGGCAAGGAGCGGCAACUCGACGCGCUCGUUGGCGCAGAGGGACAGACGUACUUCCAGCUGUCGUCGCCCAAGUCUGACCCGACCUACGACGUGCGCCUGAACAUUCUCUGCUGCCCGCGUGAGGGCGACUGGCCCCUCUUCCUCGACGAUGCCGAGUCUGCCGAUAUCCGUUUCGGCACCGAGGGCGACAUUGCGUUCAACAGCUCGCGCCGCGCACACCUCUGCUGGCGCACCGAGGAGUCUUACAAUCACUACAAGCAGCUGACUGCCGAACUGGAGCAGACCGAGGAGCGCACAGCCAAGGGCGAGAGCAGCGGCACGACGCCUGGCCGACUGAGCUCGAAGCCCGACGAGUGGGUCCUGAAAGACCUGCCACCUUGCUGGAACGACUGCGGUAGUCCUACAGUCUGCAUGCAGACGGGCCACUGCCGGUGCGUGCAGGCCGACGGCUGCCCGCGCCGCCGCGAAAACCCGCUCCUCACGCUGAGCCGGCCCGCGCGCAAGAGCUCCGUGACAGACUCGUCGUCUCCGUUGGGCAAGUUUAAGGCACACGACCCAAUCCUGGAGGAGAUGGUGGCCAAGGUCGACUGGCGCGAUGUCCUCCUCCCGGAAGCGCGCGCGUACAUUGCCACCCUCAAAGAUGAGCGCGAGUUCAUCAAGGUGCACGUCGUAUCAGGCUAUCCGCGCGAGGACGAGAUCGAGGCCGCCGAGUGCCACAAGCUUCAGCCGACACACUGCUUCUCAGCCGAUUCGAUGAUGUACCGCGCAAUGCGACACAUCAGCGUGCCGGCCGAGGAAGCCGACCUGAUCGUGCUGCCAGUGUAUCAGCACUGCGAGGGCGCCGACUUUAUCCUGCACGAUGUGUGGCACCAUGCCCAGGCCAGUAUUCCCGGCAUCAACACGGGCGAGAAGGCCGUGUCUCUUGUCAUGACGCACGACUGGGGCAUCUGUCUCGCGUUCACGUGGGAGAUCUGGAGUGCGCGCCAGGACCAUCGCCUGUAUCCCGACCCGCUGCUCAAGAACACGCUCGUGUUCAGUGUCAUGGGCGACUGGUUCAGUCCCUGCUACAGGCCGGCACAGGACGUCGUCGUGCCUCCGCGAUCAUGCACAUCCCCGCGCCUGCUCGCCUCCUUCCCGACCGUCAGCCACAUCAAGCCCGUCUCCGAGCGUCCCCGUCUCAUAUCGUGGGCCGGAACGUACUGGGGCAGCGGGAAGAGCGAGCGUCUCCGCCUCGCGUGUCCGCGCGGCGGUGCGGGGAUGCGUGAGCUCCUGCCCGGCGCCGGCCCCCAGAACCACAUCGACAAGUACGACGACUAUCUCGAGGAGCUGAACACGGCGCGGUUCUGCCCGCAACCGCGUGGAAUCGCGGGCUGGUCGCCGCGUGUCAACGACGCCAUCUUUGCCGGCUGCAUCCCCGUCCUCACCAGCGAGGAUACGCACUACCCCUUUGCAGGGCUCAUUGACUGGUCCCAAAUCUCCGUCCGUGUCCACCCCACCGAGCUCGACCACGUCGAGGAACUCCUCGCCUCCAUCCCCCUCGCGCGCCUGGAGCAGAUCCAGGCCAACAUUGUCGCGAUCCGCGAUGCGUUCAUGUAUCCGGCCGACGGCAAGGCGGAGGAGGAGCUGCAGAAGCGCGGACCCAUGUUCUACGCGCUGCACGAGGCGGGCAUGCGCCUGCGCACGUCAGGAUACUCUUGA